AUGCCAAUACCUACAUUAUUGGAUCAGUACAUUAUUAAAACUAAAGAAAAACUCAAUAAAUGGAAUUAUAAAUUCUAUUGCAAGGCGUGUGUUGAAAAAUUGGGCGAAGAUGAAGAGCAAAAAAGUUGUUUUUCUAACAAAACGGAUCGUAUAAUUCAGCAUCUUAAAAAAU